AUGUCACUACCAGAGAAUUACAUCUUACAAUCUGAGAGCUUAGAACCUUUCAAUAAAGCUGUUGCGGAACUACAAUCAAUUUCGAACGAGAACAAGCAAUUAAAGAAUUCUAUUGUUGGUGAAGUUGAUGGAUUAAUUAAUCAAUUGAAUAAAGGUCAUACUGAUCAUUCAGAGGUGAUUAAUAAGUUGAAUCUUUUCAUUAAGCAGUUUGAUGAUACUUAUGAACCAAUUGUUACAAAUGAAGAAAAUCAAAAAGAGCAAAAAAUUGAUUCAAUAGGAAAGAAUGAAGAUGAUUAUGAAGGUGAUGAUGAGACACAGGCUCAAUUAUUACAACAAAAUGCUAAAUUAAAAGAAAUUUUAAAUCAAAAAUUGAAAUAUAAUCAAGAACUUGAUGAAUUUUCUCAAGAAUAUCAACAAGCUAUAGAUAAAGUUAUGUGGGAUAUACGUGAUACAAAAUCUAAAAAUGAUGAAUUUAAAUUUAAAAAUUUCCAAAGAAUUAAUAAACAAAUUGAAGAAUAUCAACGUGAAGAAUUUGAAAUUUUUGAAAAAUUAGUUUAUAAUAAUCAUAUUCUUUCCAAAUUAUCUCAAAUUUUAGUUAAAUUUAGUAAAUCAAUUAUUGAUGAUGAUUAUACAAAUGAAGUUGAAAUUUCCAAACAUUUAUCAACUUUAGAAAGAUUAAAAUAUGAAAUAUUGGAAGAUAAAUCAAUUCAUCAUCGUGAAGUCUUACAAAAAAGUCAAUGGGCUCAAAGAGCUAAGAAUAAGAAAAAUUUUAUACCAAGUUCUUCAAAUUCAUCAUUAUCAGAUCAAGAAUUUCCUUCAUUAGGUGAAACACAUAUGACUGGUGUUCUUAAUCCUUCAAAUGUUUUGUGA